AUGUCUUCCAAAGCAAGGUACUAUUUAGAGCAGUGCAUCCCUGAAGUCGAUGAUUUGGUGGAGCAUGGUAUCUUCAAUAAGAGUGAAGUUACCUCAAUCAUGAAAAAGAGAACAAAUUUUGAACAUCGUUUAAAUAGUAGGGGCUCAAGCAUUUCUGAUUAUAUCAGAUAUGUGGAAUUUGAAAAAAAUGUUGAUAAGUUACGUUUGAAGAGAAUUAAAAGAAUACUACAAAAUAGCAAAAAAUAUUCUGUUUCUGAUUACUCCAUUCAACAUAGAAUAGAUUUUAUUUUUCAGCGGGGUUGUAACAAAUUUCCUCAAGAUCUACGUUUUUGGUCACUCUAUUUAAAUUAUUUAAAAAGUAGAGGUAAUAAGGUCUCAUACAAAAAAAUUCAUUCUGUUUACAAUCAAUUGUUAAGAUUACAUCCAACAAAUGUCGAUGUUUGGAUUAGUUGUGCCAAAUUUGAAUACGAAGUUUAUGCUAAUUUCAAAAGUUGCAGAACAGUCUUCCAAAACUCUUUAAGAUUUAAUCCAGAUUCUUCCAAACUUUGGUUUGAAUAUUGUAAAUUUGAAUUAAACUUUGUAACCAAAUUGAUUACUAGAAGAAAAGUUUUAAAUUUAAUCAAUGAGAGGGAACAAGAAAUGGAUAUGCUACAUCAAGAAAAGGCGAACGUUCCGGAUGACAGCAACGAACAUGAAGAUGGUAUUAAGUUACCUUCUACUGGCGACAACAUGAAAGAUAAGUUGAACGAGUUGCCUGAUACCGACAUGAGUAUGCUAGGUAAUGAAGAAACAAAUCCAGCUUUGCGUGGUGAUAUUGCGUUGACAAUUUAUGAUUUGGCUAUGAAGAACUUACGUCAAAAAUUUAUUGAGAAACGUAGGGGAUUUUAUGCAGUUACAGAUGGAAAUUUUGAAAAAGAAUUGAUAGCGGAUGUUAACGAAUAUCUAUAUACCAUAUCAUUGGAUUACAUUAAACUAUUUGACAAUUUCAAAGCUUUAAGGAGGGACUAUUUAAUAACUCAUGUUUUACAUUAUUUGAAAACUUUGGACACCAUCAAAUCAUCGAAAGAAUACUCAUCUUACAUUACAUUUAUUGAUAUCACCUUGAAUAUAAGAUAUAUGGAUACACCUUCAUUUAACAAUACCGAGUUGCAGAAAUCUGUACAAAAAUAUUUGGUCUAUAAAUCUAAAAUCAAGGAUAAAGAGCUGUUAAAGUUAAUAAGAGUGAAAUACAGUGAAUAUUUAAGGGAAAAGUAUUUGAUCAAUAUGGAAAAAGAUUCUGAUCCUAGGUAUAGUGUCUUGGCAAAAAUCAUAAACAAAUUGUGA